AUGGCUCUUUUCAGGAUUACAUCAACUAAAUUGGCAGAAAUACAGAAAGUAUGCCCAACGGCAUCGAUUCUGCUGCGAGGUUUGAGUGCCGAGUCCACCAACCUCAAGAGCAUUCUGCAAGAAAAGAUCCCCAAAGAACAGGAAAAGAUCCGGGAGUUCCGUAAGAAACAUGGCAGCACUAAAGUUGGAGAGGUCACCGUGGACAUGAUGUACGGAGGCAUGCGUGGUAUCAAGGGUCUGGUGUGGGAAACAUCCGUGUUGGACCCUGAUGAGGGUAUCCGUUUCCGUGGCAUGUCUAUCCCUGAAUGCCAACAGGCCCUGCCCAAGGCCAAGGGAGGCGCUGAACCUCUUCCCGAAGGUCUUUUCUGGCUUCUCGUGACAGGAGACAUCCCGACCGAGGCUCAAGCUAAAGCCCUGUCCAAAGAGUGGGCACAAAGGGCUGAGCUGCCAGCACAUGUUGUCACCAUGCUCAACAACAUGCCGAGCAAGCUUCACCCCAUGUCACAGUUCUCGGCUGCCGUCACCGCCCUCAACAGCGAAUCUUCAUUCGCAAAGGCCUACUCAGAGGGUGUGCACAAAUCCAAAUACUGGGAGUACGUUUACGAGGACUCGAUGAACUUGAUUGCCAAACUGCCCGUGAUUGCUGCCACCAUCUACCGCAACACGUACCGCGACGGAAAGGGCAUCGGCGCCAUCGAUGACAACAAGGAUUGGUCUGCCAACUACUGCACCAUGCUCGGUUUCGACGACCCUCAGUUCACAGAGCUGAUGCGCCUGUACCUCACCAUUCACAGUGACCACGAGGGUGGCAACGUGUCUGCUCACACCACUCACUUGGUUGGUUCAGCUCUGAGCGACCCCUACCUCUCGUUUGCCGCGGGUCUGAACGGUCUCGCUGGACCUCUCCAUGGUCUGGCUAACCAGGAGGUGCUUGUGUGGUUGGAGAAACUACGUAAACAAGUUGGCGAUAACUUCACCGAGGAUGGACUCAAGGAGUUCAUUUGGAAGACUCUCAAGUCCGGACAGGUUGUUCCCGGAUAUGGUCACGCUGUACUCAGGAAGACUGACCCCAGGUACACAUGCCAGCGUGAAUUCGCCCUGAAGCACUUGCCCAACGACCCACUAUUCAAACUGGUCGCCGCUGUGUACAAGGUGGUGCCCCCAAUCCUAACAGAGCUUGGCAAGGUCAAGAACCCGUGGCCCAAUGUGGACUCUCACUCUGGCGUCCUCUUACAGUAUUACGGACUGAAGGAGAUGAACUACUACACCGUGAUGUUCGGCGUGUCUCGCGCUCUCGGCGUCCUCGCUCAACUGAUCUGGUCUCGUGCACUCGGCCUUCCCAUUGAGCGACCCAAGUCCCUCAGCACUGACAUGCUGAUUAAGCAGCUGGGCAAGUAA